AUGAGCAGUUUGAAUGAUUUUGACAAAAAGAUGGUUUCGAUUCUUGCUUUAAACACUUUUGUUGAGGGAUUGAAAUUAAUGAGAAACUAGACUAUUGAAGUUGAAUUGAGGUCAAAUCUAGACUUAGAACCAAGCGAUAUUCAGGUCAUUAACUAAUAUCUACAAUUAGCUUUGAUUGGCAAGCUAAUUUUAGGAUUUUUGUUGGGCAAAAUAACAUGGAUUGAGUCAAGAUGGAAACUACUUUUGAUUUUGUUUUAGAUUAUACAAAUUGCCACAAUGGCCUUAAUGGCUUUAGAGGUUACCAGAGAUAUUUCCUAUAUAACUCUGAUCUUAUUCAUAAAUACAUUUACUCUAUCUAUGGUAACUGUCAUAGCUAAUACAAUAAAAACUGAAUAGGCCUCAGUAAAUUAAUUUGAUGGAGCGAGAAAAUUGUUUGGCUUUUUAAUGCUUAUAAAUGAAAUAGGUGGAAUAAUAGGUAUUGCGAUUUCAGCAUGUUUAAAUCAAUUUUCAAGCACUAAAACAUCUUUUAUAGUAAUAAGUGUUCUGUGUACUGUUUAGCUUUUGGUUUAUUUUUUCUUCAGAAAGACCACUGAUUAAAAUUAAGAAUUUGAGGAUGUUUUAUGGUAAAGGAAAAAUAAUGAAUCAAAAUAGAAAAUAGACAAUAAGAUAGAUUUAAAAUAAAUAGAAACCAAGCCAGAUUAAAAAAAUCCUUAGUUAGAUAAUUAGAUUAUUGAAGAUGAAGUUGAAGUGACAUAUGAAAAUGUUAUUAUAAAGAGAAAAAAGUGUAAUGGCUUUCGAUACAUUGUGUCAAAUUUCUCUGAAAUAAUUUUGGUCAACUUAUUUGUUAUCAUGCAUGCUUUCUUGACACCAAGUUACUCAGCUUUUGAUUUCAGAUUUUAAUAAGAUGUUUUAGAAUUUAACAAUUUUACGAUUUGCAUCCUAGGUAUUAUGGGUUGUAUAGUUUAAAUUUUAGGAGGUGUAUUAUACUAUAAAUACUUCUAAAAAUAUCAUGAAAGAACUAUUCUCUAAAUAUAUCUAUUGGCAAGAAUAGUUUCUAUUUUGGGUGUCUAUUGCUUAAAUAUUAGAUUAAAUACAGUAGUAGGGAUACCUGAUCCCCUCUUUAUAAUAAUUACAACAUUGUUCUCGGAACCAUUUAUGAAUGCUUUUUAUACUAUAGCUAUGAUAUAAGUUUAUGCAAAGUUAACUCCUCUCAAAUAUUAAACAAUAGUAAUAGGAAUAUUUCUAUCAUUGGCUAUUGUAGUUUAAGGUUACAUUAGCAACGUAGUUGGACUUUUGCUGAACGAUUAAUUCACAAAUAUUUCCAAAGCUAAUAUAGUGGAUAUUUAUAAGCUUCGAUAUAUCUAAUUACUAGCACUUGCAAUCUUAAUUCCUUUUGUAAGGCUUGUACCUAAUGAAGAUAGGUAUAAUAAGCAUAGCUUAAAAAUGCAAUAAUUGAACAUGCAUGUUAAUGAAAUUAAAUCACAAAGGAAAUUAUUUAUCACCUAGAGCAAAAAUCUUCAUAUUUAUGAUGAUUAGACAAUGAUACUUAAUCUUAUUGACAAUAGAGAUUUUGAAUAAAGAAGAUCGAGAUCAUCCAUUAUUUUUGAAAAUCCUGACAUUUUGUCUUUCAGUAGCCAAGAAUCUUUAGUUUAUUGA